UGAAAAACUCGUGCACGUUGGCCAUUGACGUUGGUACCACGUACGCGCAAUUUUUUUUGGGAGCCAGCAUGAACAAAUCACGCGUAGACCCGGUGCGAAAUGAAUACUUUUAUUCAGUAUUAAACGUGCCAACGACCGCUUCCGCAACCGAAAUACGGGAACGCUACAGAGCAUUGUCUGUGAUUUUUCACCCCGAUAAGCAACGCGGGGAACGGACAACGGACACUGCAGCUGUGGAAUUCCUUGAAAUUCAGAAGGCUUACGAAGUUUUGUCAGACCCUUUUCUUCGGGAAGUGUAUGAUUUCCUAGGCGAAGAUGCUUCAAAAAACCCGUGGCCAACCGAGUUGCGGUCUCAGAGUGUUGAACAAAUACGUGCACAUCUUCGACGUUGGAGGAUCGAUCGUAGUCAAGAAGUGUUUGAUCACCUCAUUCGGCCAAGAGGCACUGUGACGUGUGGAAUUGACGCAUCGACGUUAUUCGCACGCGGUGAUGACUUAGAUUAUGAUUCGAGAGGCAUCCUCACCCGCUUCCGUGGAGUCUGGGUCUCUCAAUUUGCCAUUCGUCACUCCGUUACGAAAGUGUUGAAUGAAAAGACUAAUCUCAAAUUCACGAGUCACCUGGGACUAGGCCCUCGAAAUGACUUGCUGAGUAGAAAUAACCUCAUGGGCACGAUACGCCAUCAAUUUUCUCCUCGGCUCGCUUUGGAGGCUACAGCACAUUUCUUAGACCCUCACCUCAUUGUCGCAAAAGCGAGCUACGAAGAUAAUGACAAUACCCUAAAUUGCCGUGUGCAUUUCAUUCCUGCAUUCUGGAACCUUCUCCCUCCGGCUAGUACCGUCUCCUUCAGUCGUCGACUCUUCCGACAUGCUUCAACGGUGGGCUCUGUGGCGUGGACAUUCUCUCCAUUGUCCAUGGGAAGCUUUGAAUUUGAUAUACACUCCCCUCAGCCAUUUGACUUCUCGUCUUCUGAAAAUUACGUUCACUAUACGGACCGUAUGAACGCCGACUUCACAAAUAAGCCUGGCUCCGUCAGUGGUUUUGGGGUUGGACUGCGGGCUUGGUCGUGUGGAUUACAGUUAUCUGGCCUCAACUCGUGUAUCAGGACCGAAUGGUCUAUCUGGUUUUUCGAACUAUCGCUGAGGUUCAAGGCAGGCCUAGAGAUUGGGUUUCGACAAAUGGCCUAUUUGGUCACUGCAACAUGGACUAACACGAAUGCUGCUAUAUCAACUAGCUUUGGUGUGAGCACCAAGGGGUUAAUCAUGCGCUUUGAGUUGGAAUAUCUCCAUCAGAAGUGGAUAUUGCCAAUAACUUUGUCCACCGUAAGAAAUCAAACACUGGAGUUCUUUUCGGCUGUUUUGCCUUCAACAGUUCUCCUCCUCGGAUAUCAUUUUGUUUUGAAGCCUCGUAGGCAGUUACAACGGACAUUAUAUUUCCGCAAGGCUGAGCGCCUCCUCAAAGAGGAAAAAACUCAGCUAAAGAGGCGGAUUGAUGAUACCGUGGGGUUGUUGAGCGACACUGCCAAACGUCACAUGCAAACGGAGAGGUCCAGAGGAGGCCUUGUCAUCUUGAGUGCGACGUACGGACCCGAAACGGAUGCCGAGAACCUUACGAUAGAUGUAACUGUGCCUGUACAAGCCUUGGUGCACAACAGUCAGGUUCAUAUCCCCGGUCAUCGCACAAAGGCCGGUAUUCAAGGUUUCUACGAUCCUGCCCCUACAUCCCCAAAAUCGCUUCGCGUACGUUAUCUUUUCCGUGAUCGACAACAUUACGCAGAGAUUCCCGACUAUGUCCCGGUCGUGCUGCCUUUGCCAGAUCAUCUCGUGAAUUAACCGGCUUCCAGUUGCUACAAACCUGUUGUCGCUCCCACCCAGUAUCUCUUAUACCCAUGUCUAAUGUUAAUGUGGAUAACUAUUGGCUCUCGAGAUUUGAAAUAUGACCUUAAUCAAAUGCGUAUCAACCUUUUACCACAA